AAGAUGGCGGGAAGUGGCUUUCACGGAAAUCACACUUCCGAGAAAGCAACUCCAUCCUUCCUGAUCAUACAUUUGCAUCUAUUAGAGUUAUAGCGCCCAUAAACAUUCAAGACGCAGAAACAUUUUAUACCUUAGACUAGUCGAGCCCGAGCUACUUGCGACAUGGAGGACGUCAUCUUGCGUGAAAUAAACGAAAUCAUUUCGUCUCCUGAAAACAGAGCGAAGAAUCCCGUAAGUUUGUUGAUGGAAGCAGGAGCUCAAAGUAGACAACCUGUGAUCUUCAACUACUUGGAUGAAUUGGCCAUGGGACUGAUAAAUACGCAUAUAUUUACUUGUGAGGUCAAAGUUGGACGUGUGAUAAAAUGCAAAGGAUCGGGACACAGCAAAAAAGAGGCCAAAGCGAACUGUGCGAAGGAAGCUUUGGAACUCAUCAGAAGUAACACUGGUGGUACCACAACCUCACCAGGAGCGUCUAAGGGAUCUCCAAGCCAUACACCAUUUAGAAGUACCACUCCAACAUCUUCAUUAAGUCCAGCUAGAAGGAGCCUAUACUUGCCAAGUACAGACUUAAAUCCUAUCGGUAGCUUGCAAGAAAUGUGUAUGAAGAAGAACUGGACUCCACCAGUCUACAAUGUGACACAGGAAGAGGGAGAAGCACACAUGAAGACCUUCACUUUUGAAUGCAAGGUUGAAGAUUGGAUUUCUCAAGGGCAUGGAAGCAGCAAAAAAGCAGCCAAGAAACUUGCUGCAGAGAAAAUGUUGAGCAUGAUCAGUGAGGCACCUAAGGGUUCAUCUCCAGUAGGUGCACACAAAAAUGGAUCAUCAAGCCCAUUAAGGAAGUCUCCUGACAAGCACUCUAGACUAAGCCCUCUAUCAGGGUCAAGUCCCUCAAGAAGUAGCCAGUCUAACUCACCAGUUCCAUUUCUUUCAAGCGAUUUAUAUGAUAAAAUGGAAACUGAGGAACCUUGUUUGAACACAGUGUCCCAUCAUUGCAGUACUCCACCUUCUGUUGUUGAUGCAGAGACCAGUGUUAGUCACGAGUUUUGCUCAGCUCUUGAAGACGAAGGAAAAACAUCAGGCUUUACUGUAACUUAUCAUGACUUGCCAGAAAAAGGAUAUGAUGGCAAUUAUAUGUGUUUCGUGAGGCUUGAUACAAAACCACCAACAGUAUGUGGUGGAAUGGGCCACAAAAAACAAGCAGCACAUGAGAAAGCUGCAAAAAACGCCUUGUACUAUUUAAGCACAGUUUUCAGUCACUAGUUAGAAGUAAAUUUGUAUCAUAUACCAGUAAACAAUGUUAUGCAAGGAUUGA